AUGGCUGCCUUUUCUUCCUUGAGGACGUCCACAGCGUCAAAUGAGAGGCUGGCCCGCUUCUUCCAAGUAUAUGCAGCGCAUCGUCCUCUGAUACAACGGAUCUUGAACAUCACCUUCGUCAUCUAUGCUCUCACUUCCACAUAUGCAGGCCUAUCAGGGAAGUCUUCAGGUUCAAGUUCAUCGAAGGCGCGGUCAAAGCAGCAGGAGAAAGGAAAGGCUCAGGCAGGAAAGCAGGAACGAGUCGCGGUCGACGCGCUGUUCUUCCAACGCCUCAAGCAAAUACUUCGCAUUGUGAUUCCUGGGAUCCGAUCGAAAGAGGCUUUACUUCUUCUGAUGCAUUCAAGCCUGCUCAUCUUCAGGACUGCAAUAUCUCUUUACGUUGCUGCCUUGGACGGAAAGAUUGUAGCAAGCUUGGUGCGGGCCCAGCCUCUCCAGUUCUUUUGGAACAUCCUUCGUUGGCUCGUGGUCGCUAUUCCUGCGACAUGGACAAAUAGCUGGCUUUCCUAUAUCCAGAACAAGCUCUCAAUAGCGUAUCGCACGCGUCUCACCCAAGAGGUCAUGAAGCAAUACCUAGGAGAGGAAGGAGAAGGCGCAAAUGGCAAAGUUUAUUACAAGCUUGCUAACUUGGACGACAGAAUAAAGAAUGCCGAUCAGAUGAUUACUCAUGACAUUCAACGUUUUUCCACACAUCUUGCAGCCAUUUAUUCGAACCUCGCGAAGCCUGUCCUUGAUGUCAUCCUAUAUAAUUUUCAACUGUCACAAAACGUCGGCGCGGAAGGUGUUCUCGCUUUGACGUUCUUUGUCCAACUAUCUGCAAUUCUACUGAGGUACAUGACCCCUCCUUUCGGGAUGUACACGGCCCUUUCAGCACAAAUGGCAGGGUCUCUCCGUCAUGCCCACUCCCGCCUCGUUGAGUUCGCCGAGGAGGUAGCUUUCAUGAAGGGAGAGGAGACCGAGAAGAUGCUCAUCGAACGCGAAUACGCGGCUUUGAUCGAGCACGAGAAUAGCGUCCUGCAGCGGCGCUGGUGGUUCGGUUGUGUUGAAGAAGGCAUUAUCAAAUGGCUAUGGGGAAGCUUUGGGCUUGUUCUCUGCGCUGUCCCGGCGUUCUUUAAGAUUCCGGGUGCAGAAGCUCUCGAUCUAGGUGGUCGAACUGAAGGUUUUGUGACGAACCGUCGUCUGUUGCUGUCUUCAUCAGAUGCCUUUGGACGUGUGAUGUAUUCCUACAAGGAUCUUUCGGAGCUGGCGGGAUACACAGCUCGCGUUUCCCUGCUCCUUGACACUAUGAAGGAUGUCCGCAAAGGGAAGUUCGACAAAGCGCUUGUGAAUAGUGCCGCCAAAGAGGAUAAUGCUAUCAUCCUCAAGGGCCGUGGACAUGUCAUUGAAUCUGAAGACAUUCGGUUCGAAAAUGUGCCCAUCGUGACCCCUAACGGCGACAUCCUCGUCAGGGAACUGAGCUUCCAUAUAAAACCUGGGCAAAACCUGCUCAUUGUUGGACCCAACGGUUGUGGGAAAUCAUCCCUGUUCCGCAUCUUGGGUGGCCUGUGGCCUAUCUAUGGGGGAGUCGUUCACAAGCCGGCUGCAUCUCAGUUCAUCUUAAUCCCUCAACGGCCCUAUCUUCCGCUGGGUACCCUAAGAGAUCAGGUCAUCUAUCCGGAUUCGAAGGCUGACAUGGAGAAACGUGGUAUUACCGACGACAAUCUUCGGAGAAUCCUAAGCGUCGUGCAAAUGGAUAAAAUCGUCGAGCGCGAGGGCGGAUGGGACUCCGUUAAGGAAUGGCGUGAGACUUUGAGCGGAGGUGACCAACAGAAGAUUGCUUGGGCAAGACUUUUCUACCAUCAUCCCAAGUACGCCGUGUUGGAUGAGGCAACAUCGCUUGUACCAACCGAGAUCGAGGGCAAGAUGAUGGAAUAUGCGACGCGACUGAACAUAACGCUCCUUACCGUCUCUCAUCGGCCUUCGCUGUGGAAAUACCACGCUCUUAUUCUCCACUAUGAUGGCCAGGGUGGUUAUGUCUUCACGAAGCUAGAUGCCGAGAAGCGCCUGGCCCUACAGGAAGAGAAGCAGGCUUUGGAGACGAAAUUACUUGAAGUUCCGAAGAUAAAGGAAAGACUCGCAGAGCUUAAAGCCUUACAAGAGGUUGCACAACAUUAG